CGCCUCACAUUCUUCUCUGGAUAGUUCCCCACCACUGCCUCACAAUCUCCUCUGUUCCCCAUUCUCUCCACCACAACCAGCGCUCCCUGGUCAGGCCGCCCCCUCCCCUUCGUCACCACCGCCGGCGCUCCCUGGUCAGGCUGCCCUCCCCUUUGUCACCAGCGUCGCCGCUCCCUAGCAGGCCGCCCCUCCCCUUCGAAUCAGAUCGCAGAAGUGGCCGGGGAGAUCCUCGAGCUCGGCAUGCUCGCGCCAGUGGUAGGCGCCGUUGGAUGCGGACGCGGAGGCUCGGGACUUGCACGCCCUACUCUACCCUGUUCCUUCCAAUCCGGCCCCGAAGUGCUCGAGGAGGCGCUCGAGGUCGGCAUGCUCACCGGCGAUGCUGGGUCCCUCCAUUCUCCUGGUUCCCUCACCGUCGCCAACAUGAGCCUCUCCACCCUCUCCCGCGCGAUCGUCCAGGUCUAGCCCCUUCUGGUUGUGAGUGGAUCCAAGAGUUCACAUGAUGCAGUAUCUUUUUGAAAGAUGAUACAUUAUCUUCAUAAAAGAAAGGAACUUGGAGAAGUUAUUACUGAAGAGGAAUUCAGUGCUAUGUGCUUCUCAAGAGCUAAACUGGAACAAGAAGUGCAUGACUCUCAUGCCUACACUAACUAAUCAGACUUCCCGAAGGAGAAGAAGGAGGUGCGGAAAGAGGAUGGGAGCAACAAAUCUGAAUCAAAGAGGGUGAGAAUUACUUAUCGAUGACUCGGGCAUCAACUCUUGAUUUUCGGCGGAAGACACAGGGUCAGAACAACUGGUCUGGGCCGUUGCGCCCAGUAAAUGCCAUCAAAAAUAAAUUCCCUACCUACAAGAAUGGUAUGAAUGGGAUAGUCAUCAAAUUUGCUGAUGAGCCAGAAACGCCAUGACUUAAGGAGUCUGUUGCCAAAGAGACAGCAGAUCUGCUUGAUCGGCGUCAGCGUCUUUCAGUCCGCGAGCUCGCAAUGAAAUUUGAGAAGGGCCUCAGUACUGCCACAUUAUUAUCUAACGAGGUUAAAUGUAAACAAGUGGCUUUAUUAGAGCGAGACAUCCUUCUGAAGAAUCUAAAGAGUGUAUUGGAGUCACUGAGAGGUCAAGUAGCUGGCAAAUAUAAGGAUGAAAUUGAGGAAUCGGUAUCUAUGGUGGAUAUUUUAGCAGUUCAGCUGUCCAGAACAGAAAAUGAGUUGCUUCAGCAGAAAACCGAGGUCACGAGAAUAGCGACUUCACUAAAACUGGCUUCUGAAGAUGCUAGGAGAAUUGUUGACGAAGAACGAACUAAUGCACGCAUGGAGAUUGAAAAUGCUAGAGCUGCUGUACAAAGAGUUCAAAAAGUACUUAAAGAGAAAGAGAACAGUUCACAAAGAAUUAGAAAGCAGUUGCAGCCCACCUAAUAGGACUGCUUGAUUCCGUCGAGUAUGGAAAAAGCGAAAGGUAUUUUACGGUCUCUUUUGCGUUCUUCUUCUGUUACUUGCAUAUUUUCUGUGGUAUCAUUCAAGUCAUCUACUGAUGUCUUCCUUGGGUUUCUCUCAAAAGCGAAAGGUAAAAACAACAUGAUAGCAAACGAGUAUGGAAAAAGCACAAUCAUUUUACCUUCUAUAUUUUUAUCUGCAAUUACAUCAGACGUGCCCGUAGCUUUAGGAGGAUAUGUUGAUUCAUUAUGCGAGAUUGAUGUAUCAACCGAGCUAGCUGGGUCAUCUAAUAUAACAUGCUUGGUUAGUAUUUAUUAAAAUGGCUGAACCAUGAAUGCUAGGAUGUAACAUAAAAUAAUCUUACUUGAAUUACAAAGGGGACGAAGAUCAACUUUCCUGUGCUUAUCAUCUCACGUGGGUUUGAUUAGCUGCCCCAACAUAUGAUCUGCCCCAACAUUAGUUCCUAUUGUAAUCCAGCAUGGGCGUUCAGAAAGCAAAGAGAAGUUAAACAUAAUCACAAAUAGUAUGAUUGUCAAAUACGCACAUAUAACUAACGACAUUGUAAAUCCACCAAAUAUGUACCAGGGAUCACAUAUGAAGAUUGUUGAACAUUUGUGAUAUCACAGAGUAUGGCGGUGAACAAUCGGCCCAUCGUCUAGAUGGUUUAUAAAACCAUCUGACUUCUUAGUGCGAUAAGAUGCCCGCCUCCACGCGUUGAUAAGAUCCCUAUGGUCUACCAUUUUUACAACAGGUAUGAGAUUUAGAGAACAAAAAAGUAUGUACAAAUCACUUAGAUAGAUGUUGAUACAACAUCUAUGAAACCAACACGGGGAACAUCUAUGAAGUCAGGUUACUAUAACGAUUAAUUUGCAUACUAUAGGUAUUCAGAAAAACCCAAGAGUAGUCAGCAAAAUCACGCUUAAAUACUUACCAGUCUUUGAAAGGGAUGGCUGAUUAUCCUCUUGUAACCUGACCAUAUCCUCCUCUUUUUUCUUCCGAUAAGAUUCACGCCUCUAUGCGUUGAACUGCUCCCUUGUUUCGCCAACGUUUUUUUCUUCAUUACAUACAGCUACUGUUGCAUGCUGCUCGGAAGUUUUGUCAUCUGCAUUACGUUAAGCGUAAAAACCACAAAGCCCAUUAAGCUCAUCUGGGAAAAUGGACUAAACCUCUCUGAUCCGCUACCGGAGAUGUCGAUUUGGAAGCUGUAUAAGCAUGCCUGUGAAUACCUUGAGUAUCACCUCGUAGCUUAGUCAUACCAUCCUUAUUAUUCUCAGAAUACGACGGAAUCCCGUCGUUUGAAGGUUCCCGCCCUACAUCUUAGCAAUCAACAAAAUAUACGGUAUGCACGAAACAUUAGCAGCAAUCUUGACACAGUCUUAUACCUGCUCCCGUCGUGUAAAUAUCGUGAAUAUUUGCAUGUAAGGGUAUGAAGUUUGCAUUGUAGUCUCCAACAUUUAUCCCGCUCGUAAGGACUGCAACACAUAAAAUGCAUUCUGCCACUUUCAGAAAUGCACGUGAGGCAACAUUUAUAACCAAUCUUCGCACAGUAUUAUACCUGAUUCCGUCGUGUAAACGUUAUCAACAAUUUCAGCUACGGGUAUGAUGCUCGCAUUGUGUUCUGCAUCACUUCUCCCGCUUGUAAGACCUGGAAGACAUUAUGCAUACAGUCUGUCACUGUCAGAUAUUCAGGUCUCGCAACUAAACAAAAACAUGGUAGACUGCAUCAUACCUGUAGUUACGUCAUCUUCUGGUUGAUGUUCGCGUGCCGUGCUUUUUGAAUUCCCCAUAUGCAACUAUUGAAUGGCAAAAAUCAUGAAGACAGAAAUGGUAGUUCUUUGAUGAUCUUCACCAACAUGGUAAUUUCUUCUACAUCUUUGACAUUCUGCAAGGGUUAUUGUUCUACAUAUAUACUGCAACAUGUUGCUAGCAUAUACUGCAAUUGUAUUUUAUUCUACAUAUAUAUACUGCAAUGGCACUUUCAUCUACAUCUUCUACAUCUCUGUACUUUAUUAGAAUGCAAGUGUUUUUGUUCUAUCUUUAGUUCAGCACAAGUGGAAACAUACUCUUGGGUCCUGUAUGGUUUAUGUUUUCUUUUUUGCCAUAUUCACUCAAGUGCAGGAUGCAGGAUACUCCUUGGUACAAAAAAAUGCCAAUUGCCAACUGUAAACAUGUGUACUUGAGUCUAUUUUUAACAUGAAAAAAAACCUAAACUGUGUGCAACAGAAAUCAAUCUCGCAGGCGGAUCCAUCCCUGUGAAAGCACUUGCCAUGGCUGUAUGACAUGCGAUGGAUGUAUGGGCUGUGAGAUGUAUGAGAUGCGAUUGUAUGGCAUUUGAGAUGUAUGAGAUGCGAUUGACGUAUGAGAUGGUUUGUAUACCUAUUUUUCGGAUCCAGGACGUGUUCUGGCCGGAUCCUGGACGUGUCCGCGUAUACUCGUCUAGGAUCAGCGCCGGAUCCUGGAUCAAGGGCGAGGAGUUCAGCGCAGCGGCGAAGUGAUGGAGGGCGGCGGCGACCUGAUCCAGGACCAGCGCCGGAUCGUCGAGGUGUUCAGCGCGGCGGCGAAGUGAUGGAGGGCCGCGGCGACCUUGUCCAGGAUCGACGCGGAUGGAGGACGGCGAGUGAAGCGGGGGUGGCGACCUCGACCACGAUGGAGGGCGGCGACGAUGGAGGGCAGCGACUGAAGCGCGGCGGCGCAGGGAUGUAGGGCGGCCACAAAGGAAGACCUCGCUCGAUAACAGGACUCGUCGCUCCUACGUGCGUCCGCAUGGUUUUUCUGUCGCUGGUUAACCGUCGUAAGUUUUUUUGUCGCAGGUUAACCUUCGUACGUCUAUUGAGGGUCACAUGUGGAUAGGUGCGGGUUCGGGCUUCAGGAGGAGGUUUUUUUGGUUUGUGGUGGCUUAGUCAGAGGUGGAAGGAGGUACCAAAAUAAACCAUGGGAGGUGGGACUAAAAAAACCUGGAAGCGAGACUACCAACUGUUCCCUUACGAGUAGAAGAUUUUACCAUUAUUAUCUAAAACAUGCAAAACAAAUUGCACAAUCUUCA